AUGACAACAGCUUCGGCUCUUGAUACAUGUAUUUCAAUCGCUCGUAUCAUUGCGGAAGCUCGACGUUUCGUGAAAUGGAGCACACUUGAAGCAUGCGUUCGCCGAAAACUCGCGAACAGUUCGGCACUUUGCAUCUUUGUACGAUCGUCGCAUAAAGAGUGCGGUGAACGAUGUGCGAACUCGCAGCCGCUAGAAAUUUGGACCAUCAAAUGCAUUCCGCAAACGGCGAGCGGCCAAAUGGAGAUCGAUGGCUUUUUCCUCGCAUCCGCCAUCCGAUCACAGCUUCAUUUCUCUCCACUUCAAUCAUGGGUCGCCCGGAAUCAACUGCCAGCCGGAGUCGACCUUAUCACCUCAAUUGUCAAUCUUGAAACGAUAGAAGAGAUCAUAGAAACACUGCCUUAUUUGCAUCAAUUUCCGCCGACGAAGCAGAUCGAUGAAAUUCAAUGUUUGGUGUCGGUUCGCUAUGUGCGCUCGACGGCGAUGCCCAAACCGUUGGACAUGUGCUCGUUGCUCAUCGAAACAACGCUAACCGGAAGUUCAUCGAAUACUCCAAGUGGUUCACCGAUUGAUGCACCCGUUUUCCCGUUAACGAUCGCUAUGCAAAACUUAUCGCUUGAAAAUUCGAUUGGAAAGCCGAAACUCGUGACACCGACAAAGCCGAAACUCGUGACACCGACAACGACAAUGGGGAAUUUACAAAUUUAUGUUCAACAGUGUAAUUCCAGAACGAUCGCUCGACCCGACUCGCUUUCGCUCUUGGCAACGCCAACUGAUGGAUCAGCUGCGAGAAAAGAGAAAGAAAAUUCGAGUGAAGCCAGACGAAUCCUUUUCUCGGAUGUCCUCGAAGUGACCUCACCCCGUCCACUGCCAUCACCAUUUGGGAGACUUUUACAAGUUGAUGAACAUCAAAAAGAGAAAGAGCCCACUUCAAACAAUAUCGUCGAUCCGCGAAUGAGUCGCCCGGCACAGAGGAGUCCUUUUUUUAAUCGGAUCGGUCUCCCCAUCUACUCGAGUCCAGCGCCACCCAUUGAGCUGAAGCGGCGACGAGCACGGAACAGCAUCUGCUUGGAUGGGACAACGGAGAGCGGAGAGAGAAACGAAUCGAUUCGUUUGGCGACAAGUGCACCAACGAGUCGAAGCUUGCUCUGCAAUUUUGAGGAAAGCGCUCUCCAUUGUCGAUUGGACCCGCUGGCCGAGGUGCAUGGCUUCACCGGGCAUCUUGUAGCCUCGAAUGGUCCAAUUCCAUCGCUUGAUCUCCGUCUUCCCGUCCGAACGUUCUUUUUCGACAAUGGAAACGAUUCAGCCCCAUCACCGUACCUAGGUGUCUGCUCAUUGAGCGAAACAACGAAACGCGGUUUGGUCAUUCCGCCAACGGGAACCCUUCAAUUCACUCUGCUCAAUCCGCAGGGAACGGUCGUUCGAAUGUUCGUUCAGAGAUACAAUUUCGCGGAUCUCCGCCCAGCCGCGUUGACUUUCCUCCGACAGCGCACAUUUUUCAUGCGAGAAAACGGAGGGAAUGAUUCGGAGGAAAGUCGAAAACUUCUUCGAUAUCUCAUUCAUUUCAAACUUCGCACUGAUAAAAGUGGCCGUUUACGGCUGCACAGCGAUAUUCGAAUGCUUUUCGCGCCAAACAACACGAUUGAUGCGCUUAACAUUGAGCCAGUUGACGGUAAUCCGUAUGUUUUUCGGUCAUUCACCGAAACGCCACGUCUCCCGAAAACGUCUCUUUCUGAAAGCAGCUCG